AUGUCAGCAAAAGGAAAUUGUCCGCAAAAGGAAAUUGUCCGCAAAAUUAUAAACAUUACCGGGUUUAAAAGCUACAAAGACAUUACAACAAUUCGCGAUUUAUCGCCCAAACACAAUGUGGUUAUUGGACGAAAUGGAAGUGGAAAAAGCAACUUUUUUGCUGCAAUUCAAUUUGUUUUGAGUAGUGAAUUUACGUCAAUUACACAACAUAAUAGACAUGCUUUUUUACAUGAAAGUGUUGGAGCAAAGUCUGCUACUGCAAAGGUAGAAAUAGUUUUUGACAAUAUGGACCAUCGUAUUCCAACAGAAAAUGAGGAAGUUCGAAUUGUACGUGCACUUACAAUGAAAAAUGACACAUAUUAUAUUGAUGGGAAAAGUGUAACGAAAACUGAGAUUGUUAAUAUGAUGGAAUCUGCUGGUUUUUCACGUUCAAAUCCUUAUUAUAUUGUUAAACAGGGAAAGAUAACAGAAUUGGCAACAGCUUCAGAUGCUUAUCGCCUUAAAUUAAUCAAAGAGGUUGCUGGAACUCGUGUCUUUGAUGAGAAAAAAGAGGAAAGUACAAAAAUAUUGACCGAAACACAAGGAAAGAUUGAAAAAAGCGUUACUCUAUUAGGCUAUAUAAAUGAACGUCUUAAAAAAUUGGAAGAAGAAAAAGAGGAUUUGAAGGAAUAUCAAAAAUGGGAUAAAAUGAAGAGGUCUAUCGAAUAUACAAUUUUUGAUAAAGAAAUAACUGAAGCUAAAGCAAAACUGGAAAAAUUAACUGAUCAGCGAACAAAAAUAAAUACGGAACAAAAUAAGUAUGAAACUAGUCUGAUAGAAAUCAAAAUGAAAAUUCAAAAUACAGAAAAACAAAUUCGUGAAUUGGAUACUCAUUAUAAAGGAAAAAGAGAAGAGAAGGAGACUUUAGUUAAUGAACAAGCAGAAUUGAUAGAAAAAAGAACACAAUUGGAACUUUCUGUUAACGAUUUAAAAGCUGAAUUUGAUAAUGAACGAGAUGGGAAGGAAGCUGCUAAACAGGAAAAGCAAGACAUAGAACGAGCUAUUGCUGAACGCCAAGCACAACUUAAUGAACUUCAACCAAAUUUUCAACAAUUGUUGGAAGAGGAAAGCUCCAAAGAUUCUGAUAUCCGUAUACUUGAUCAACGUUGUAAAGAACUUUAUGCUAAACAAGGACAUUUGGAUAAAUUUAGAACGGUGGCAGAACGAGACAAGCAUUUAAAUGCUGAAAUUCAAUGGAUAGAUAGACAAUCAGAUGAAAUGAAAAAUCAAAUUAAUGAAAUUAAAGCCUCAAUUAAAGCAGAUGAGAAUGAAAAGGAAACUUUGGCUCAACGACUUCGGGAAGAAAAGCAUAUACUCAACGAUUUAUCUAUUAAAAUGCAUAAUUUGAGUCAAGAAAUCAAACAAAAAAAAGAAGAUCUUAACAGAGCUAUAACUUGUCGAAUGGAUGAUUCUCAUUCAGAAAAGGAAAAGCGUGAAAAGUUGACAAUGGUUCAAUACGAUGUGAAUAGAAUGGAAGAAGAUUUUAGGCGGUUGACUCCAAAAUCUACUAUGAAUGGAAUAACAAGUAUAAAGACAGUUCUCGAAGAAUUCAGAGAUAAGAGAAUCUUUCCUGAAGUUGUCAAUGGUUAUUAUGGUCGUUUGAUUGAUCUUUUUACUUGUGCCCCAGAAUUUAAUAAAGCAAUUGAAGUAACAGCUGAAUCUCGUCUCUUUUACCAUGUUGUCGAGAAUGACGAUGUUGCAAUGAAAUUACUUGAAGCUGUUAAUGAACGUUCUCUGCCUGGAGAAUUUAAUUUUUAUCCUUUAAAGCGAAUUUUGGAUACUCAACCUCGAGAAAUUGUUGAUCAGGAAGCUCGUCCACUCAUUGAAUGUAUGCGAUUUGAUCAAAAAUUCAAUCAAGUCUUCAAAAUGGUAUUUAAAGAUCAUGUUCUUGUGCCUAGAUUAGAUGUUGGUACACGUGUUGCGCGUGAUCAAAUAAGCCAUCGUGGUCCAAUGACGGGAGGUUAUAUGGAUGUUAAACGUUCAAAAUUGGAUUUGAUUCGAAAAUUAAAAGAAGCAGAAAAUGACAAAAAUGAUUUGGAGAAAGAAAUUGACCGCUUAACAGAAAGAAUUUCUCAAAAUCUUAAUGGUGUAGAUCAAAUACGGUUGGAAAUUUCAAAGUGUGAAACUCAAAUUCAAACACUCAAUAAUGCUUAUCACAAUUGCUUGGCUAAAAAACAAAUAACUUCUGAAUUACUUAAUAAAUUAUCGAACAAUGCUGAACCUAAAGUUUGUUUAGAAAAUAUAAAUUUUUUGUUAAAUAGUCGGGGGAAUCUGUUUGGACAAGGGGGUUAUGCUGUCUUUAUCUGUUGCAGAAUUUCAAUUCUGUGCUGUUUUUUUCUGUUUUCCGCUUUUUAAAAUCCUUUGUAAUGAUCCCAUCUUCGGUAGAGAUCAUGUUAAAAAGUGGGGAAGUUGUAUGGACAAUAGGAUGAAGGAUAUCAGGGCUGUGCGUCAUGUCGUUUUGGCGUGGCGUUUGGCGUCCAUUUUUGGCCGAUUUUGGCGUGUGGCGUGAU